AUGAUGGGCAAUGAUGAAUCUCCACUUGCAAAGAAAGCUCGAAAGGAGAAGGCUCGAGGAAAAGUGACCGCAACAACAAGCUCGACUGAAAUUAUGGAACCCUGUGUAUGGAGAGAAUUUCCGGGAGACCUUUACGAAACUGUGAUAGCAAGACUUCCCAUAACCACAUUUUUUCGUUUUCGUUCAGUUUGCCAGGAUUGGAAUUCAUUGCUGACUUCACGGAGUUUCUCCCUACAGUGUGCUCAAGUUAAGCAAACCCAACCUUGGAUUUAUGUCACAAUCCAUGGAAACACUAAUGAUGGAGCCAUAUAUGAUCCACCGUCGAAGAAAUGGUACCGCCCACCAAUACCUGCCCUUCCAACAGAGUUGCUCGUGGAGCCAGUGGCAUCAGCAGGGGGUCUCAUCUGUUUUCUCGACAGUGAAUUUAUAACUGCCUAUGUCUGCAACCUUGUUACUGCCUCCUUCAAAGAGUUGCCACCUAGGUCGGUUGAUUUUGGGGGCAUUGGGAUGACUAUAAAUGAGAGCUCUCCAAAUGCUGGAUAUAAGAUCCUUUGCUUUAGUUGUGAUGGUGAGUAUGAAAUUUACGACUCAACAAAGAACUCUUGGGGUCGUUCAGGGAGAUUGCCCUCGAAUAUCAAGUGCCCACUUGACCUGAAUUUCAAGUCUCAGGCCGUGUCUAUUGAUGGAACGCUUUACUUCAUGCAUUCAAACCCUGAUGGCAUCGUGUACUAUAAUAUGACCACCGGGGUUUGGAAGCAAAUCUUAAUCCCAGCUCAUCCACGUCUGAGUGAUCAUACACUAGCUGAAUGUGGAGGGAAACUCAUGCUUGUGGGGCUUGUGAACAACAGUGCUUCGACGUGCAUCUGCAUAUGGGAGCUGCAGCAGAUGACUUUCUUGUGGAAGCUGGUUGACAGAAUGCCAACCCUAUGGUGCUUGGAGUUUUACGGGAAGCCAGUCGAAUUGGAUUUCCUGGCUAACAAAGGUUGGGUUAUGAUAUCGCUUAGAUCAAGACAUAAGUAUAGUCUGAUAACAUAUGAUUUAUCGAGCAAGGAAUGGUUUAAGCCACCUCGAAGAAUCCCAUCAUAUGGGAGAAAGAGGCCUUGGCUUGUAAAUGGCACUGCAUUUCAUCCUUGUUUGACAGCUUUGGUUUAG